GGCAAAAAUGUUCCAAGCGAGAGCGAGAUAGCAAAUGUGCGUGAAAGAACGGCGUGACAAAAAAAAUCGCUCGAUGGAAAGUAAACAAACAGAACGGGAGAAACCAGUGAAAAGCAUGACCGGUUUUUUGUUGGCUCUAUUUUAGCUACCGUCGGAGCAAUCGUCUCUGAUCCAGUAUGUUACGGGUCCGUACCGUGUGUUCUGCCCUGGAGUACCGCUAGAAUUUGUGCCGUUCAUUAACACCUACACACCGCCGGAGCACGAAACAGCCCUUGAGACACACGCAUACAGGCACGGCAGUGGGUUUUUGAUUAGCGUCUUUUAUUAGCGAAAAGACUAGGAAAAAGCAUCAUCGCGAAGCGGACGGGUUGUCGGAGGAGAUGCUAUCCAGAGUUUCCGUUCUGCAUCUAGAGCUGCUGAACAAUGGUGCGGGUGGAGCGGGCGGCAAACCGACGGCCGGUCAGCUGCUGGCGGUGGCAGCCGGUGUCGGUGUGGUGACGGCGGUCGGGUACGGUGUGUACCGGUUGCUAAAGUACCGGGCCGAGCAGCAACCACCCACCGAAUGGCACCGCGUUGGCGAAGUGUCCGAUCUGUGGAUCUAUCCGAUCAAAUCGUGCGGUGCCGUACGGGUACGCCAGUUCCAGUGCUCACCGAUCGGACCGCAGCUCGGGCUGCUGCGGGACCGUAUCUUUAUGGUUGUGAAAAGUGCGGACGGAAAGUUUAUUACCGGCCGGUCGCAUCCGACGCUGGUGCUGGUACAGCCCGCGUUCGAUGAGCGGUACGAACGGAUGACCUUGUCCGCCCCGGGCAUGAUGGAUAUCGCGGUGAACGUGAAGCAAUUGCUCGAAACCGUACCGGGCAACUUUUCCGUGUGGGAUCAACCGGUCGCGGCAGUUGACUGUGGGGAGGAAGUGGCCCGAUGGUUGUCCCGGUUCCUGCUGAGCGAAGAUUUUGGCCUCCGGCUAGUGUACUAUCCGCUGGAGGGGCCUACCCGCCCGGUGCGGGAAAAGAACCGGAUCCACACACUGCUGACGGCACGUGAUUCCGGUGCGCUGCACGAUGCCACGAGCUAUAUGCUCGUGUCGGAAGCGUCGGUAGCGGAUGUAAACACACGGCUGGAGAAACCGGUUCCGGCGCUUCAGUACCGGGCGAACAUACUGGUAAAGGGACCGAGUGCCUUCGAGGAGGAUGACUGGAAGUGGAUCCGGAUCGGGGAUACCGUCUACCGGAACGUGAAACCAUGCACCAGAUGCCUGUUUACGAACGUCGAUCCCGAAACGGGUAUCAGCAAUCCGGCCCAGGAACCGCUGACCACACUCCGGAAGUAUCGGCUCAAGCCCGGCCUGGGCAACUCACCGGUCGUCGGUAUGCAGAUGGGCAUCCGGACGCUCGGUGCGAUCGGGCUCGGUGACACCGUGUACGUCGGCUGAGCGAAACCCCCCCGGUUCGAAACCACCAAAAAGGCCAGGCAGGAAGUGUGUGUGUUUGUAUGCUUUUUAUGCUUUAUUUUUAAUUUAAAUGCACUAUCACACGGCUAUCAACCCUGAUACGGUA